AUGGCGGCCAUGGCCCCGGCCCUCACCGAAGCAGGAGAAGCCCAGCCCGGCCUCAAACCCUCGGUGACCCGGCCCAAGCCGCCCGAGCUCAACGGAACCCACCGCGGGGCCCCCCUCCCCCGCAGGAACGGCCGGCUCCCCCCCGGGGGGCCCCCCAACAUGGCCUUCCCUUCCGGGGGUCCCCCCAACAUGGCCCUCCCCUCCGGGGGCCCCCCCAACAUGGCGCUCCCUCCCGGGGGUCCCCCCAACAUGGCCCUCCCCUCCGGGGGCCCCCCCAACAUGGCCCUCCCCCCCGGGGGCCCCCCCAGCAUGGCGGCAGCGGGCCGGCUCCCCCCCGGGGGCCCCCCCAACAUGGCCCUCCCCCCCGGGGGCCCCCCCAGCAUGGCCCUCCCCCCCGGGGGCUCCCCCAACAUGGCGGCAGCGGGCCGGCUCCCCCCCGGGGGCCCCCCCAACAUGGCCCUCCCCCCCGGGGGCCCCCCCAGCAUGGCCCUCCCCCCCGGGGGCCCCCCCAGCAUGGCGCUCCCCCCCGGGAUGGCGGCCGGCCGGCAGGCAGAGCUGGGAGCCCGGGCCCGGAGGCUGUGUCGGCGGCUGCAGGUGAUCCAGGCCAAGCAGGUGGAGCGACAUGUCCGGCAGCAGCUGGCCGGCCUGGUGGGGCUCCUGGCGGGCAGGGGGUCGGGCGGGCUGGCCGGGGCCGAGCUCCAGCGGGUGGCGGGCAGCUCCUCGGCCAGGCUGCGGGCGGCUCAGGGAGCCUUUGACUCGGACGCCACUGAGAGCAGCUCGGGGGGAGACAGCGAGAACGAGGAGACCGAGAGCGGAGAGAGCGGGGGAGACAGCCUGGAGGAAGCCGCACAUCGGCCGGGACACGGGUCAGUCACUCACUCACUAUCUCUCUCUCUCUCUAUCUAUAUACACUGUGUAUACUGUGUGCUUAUAGUGUGUAUAUACCGUGUAUACUGUGUGUAUAUAGUCACUCACUAUCUCUCUCUAUCUAUCUAUCUAUCUAUCUAUCUAUCUAUCUAUAUAUAGUGUGUAUACUGUGUGCUUAUAGUGUGUAUAUACCGUGUAUACUGUGUGUAUAUAGUCACUCACUAUCUCUCUCUAUCUAUCUAUCUAUCUAUCUAUCUAUCUAUAUAUAGUGUGUAUACUGUGUGCUUAUAGUGUGUAUAUACCGUGUAUACUGUGUGUAUAUAGUCACUCACUAUCUCUCUCUAUCUAUCUAUAUAUACACUGUGUAUACUGUGUGCUUAUAGUGUGUAUAUACCGUGUAUACUGUGUGUAUAUAGUCACUCACUAUCUCUCUCUAUCUAUAUAUACACUGUGUGCUUAUAGUGUGUGUGUAUAUACCGUGUAUACUGUGUGUGUAUAGUCACUGACUCUCUAUCUAUAUAUACUGUGUGCUUAUAGUGUGUGUAUAUACCGUGUGUGUAUAGUCACUGACUCUCUAUCUAUAUAUACUGUGUGCUUAUAGUGUGUGUGUGUAUAUACCGUGUGUGUAUAGAGUGUCUCUCUCUCUCUCUCUCUCUCUCUCUCUCUCUCUCUCUCUCUCUCUCUCUCUCUCUCAUAUAGUCACUGACUCUCUAUAUAUAUUGUGUGUGUAUAUAGUCACUGACUCUCUAUAUAUACCGUGUGCUUAGUGUAUAUAUACCGUGUGUGUAUAUAGUCACUGACUCUCUAUUAUACAUACCGCGUGCUUAUAUUGUGUAUACCGUGUACUGUGUGUAUAUAGUGACUGACUCUAUUAUAUACUGUGUGUAUCUAGUGACUGACUAUUAUAUACUGUGUGUGUGCUUAUAGUGUAUAUACUGUGUGUAUAUAGUCACUGACUCUCUCUAUAUACCGUGUAUACUGUGUGUAUAGUCACUGACUCUCUAUUAUACAUACCGUGUGCUUAUAGUGUGUGUGCGUGCUUAUAGUGUGUAUACUGUGUGUGUGUGCGUGCUUAUAGUGUGUAUACUGUGUGUGUGUGCGUGCUUAUAGUGUGUAUACUGUGUGUGUGUGCGUGCUUAUAGUGUGUAUACUGCGUGCGUGCGUGCUUAUAGUGUGUAUACUGCGUGCGUGCGUGCUUAUAGUGUGUAUACUGCGUGCGUGCGUGUGUAUAGUGUGUAUACUGUGUGUGUGCGUGCGUGUUUAUAGUGUGUAUACUGUGUGUGUGUGCGUGCUUAUAGUGUGUAUAUAGUGACUGACUGUAUUAUACGUAGUGUGCUUAUAGUGUAUAUACCAUGUAUACUGUGUGUAUAUAGUGACUGACUGUAUUAUACAUAGUGUGUGUGUAUAGUGUAUAUACUGUGUACUGUGUGUGUAUAUAGUGACUGACUAUUAUACAUAGUGUGCUUAGUGUAUAUAGUGACUGACUAUUAUACAUACCGUACUUAUAAUUACAUAGUGUGUGCUUUAUAUACUGUGUAUAGUGACUGUAUUACAGUGUGUGCUUUAUAUACUGUGUAUAGUGUGCUUUAUAUACUGUGUAUAGUGACUGUAUUACACAUAGUGUGUGCUUUAUAUACUGUGUAUAGUGACUGUAUUACGCAGUGUGUGUGCUUUAUAUACUGUGUAUAGUGACUGACUGUAUUACACAUAGUGUGUGCUGAAUAUACUGUCUAUAGUGUGCUGUGUGUGUAUAGUGUCUGUAUUACACAUAGUGUGCUUUAUAUACUGUGCUGUGUGUAUAUAGUGACUGGAUUACACAUAGUGUGCUGUGUGUGUAUAGUGUGCUUUAUAUACUGUGUAUAGUGUCUGUAUUACACAUACUGUGUAUAGUGGAGUGUGUGUGUGUGCCGUGUAGUGUGUAUACUGUGUACUGAACACUGUCUUAUAUGCUGUUUACUCCGUGCUGUAUAUAUUGCCAUGUAUCACCCUAUAUACACCCUGGCACCAGGGCAAGUGACUGCGUACUGUGUUGUACAUAGUGUGUGUACUCUGUGCUGUGGCCUGUCUCAAUUUACAUACAGCUUGGCACUGGGGAUUGACUCUAUAUACGGUUUUCCACAUGGUCUAUAUACUCUGUAUUGUCAGGUGACUGUACACUGCGCUGCACAUGGUGUAUUUACUGUACCAUGUGCUACUCUCUGAAUGGGCUGUACUGUACAGUGUCUAUACUGUGUGCACGCUGGUCAUGUCUAUAUUUAUACAGCAUGGCACUCGGGUGAGUGACUCUGUGUACAUUGUGCAUAGUACAAAUACAUAGUGUGUAUUGUCCCCAUAUCUCACACAAUGUGUGUAUAUAUAGCAGGCAUAGGCAACCUUUGGCACUCCAGAUGUUUUGGACUACACCUCCCAUGAUGCUUUGCCAGUAUUACGGGUGUUAAGAGCAUUAUGGGGGAUGUAUUCCAAAACAUCUGGAAUGCCGAAGGUUGCCUAUCCCUGAUAUAUAGCUUAAUCAUGACUAUAGUGUGCCUUGCAGUCUCUGCAAACCCUACACUGUGUAUUACGUAUGCCUCCUGCACAGUGUACUGUGUCACACAAUGUGUAGCCUGUCUAAAGGCAAGUAUCCCUUCUUAAACCCUGUAUAAUGCGGGGCGCACGAUAAGCCAGGCUUUAAACAUUACUUGGGAGGGUACAUAUCACUGGGGGUUAACUUCUGCUCACUAAUGGCUAGUGGAGAGUAUACAUUUUAAGCCCUGUAUAAUAUAUGCCUCCAGUACAGUGUGCAGUUACCCAAUGUACAAUCUGUCCCAGAACAAGUGUGUAAGGAAACCAAAUAUAUUUAAACCUCAUUCGGUAGUUUCCUCCCCGAACCGCCAGAGCCUUAGUGAUUAUAGCCCUCCGUUCGGUAGAUAAGGUAGACGAAUCCUAUAGUAAUUCCAAUAGCUUAACGAGAUAAUUCCCUUAGCGAAACACACGAAUCCCCAAACAUCAGCCAAAGUCAAGAAGAAGGGUACAAAAUGAACUGUCCUUUAAUGGGUGCACACAGCUUUUAUGCAAGUCCCCAUGCAAGGGGACAGCCCUCAGGGAGGGACAAACAAUAGCCAAUCAUAAACAGUAAAAUGUUAACACACACCUACAAUUCCCUCCCCUAGCCCAGGAGAUAAUUUAGUCUGAUAAAAUAGUAACUUAAUUAUCUCCGGGCUGAAAAAUCACUUUUUCCCCCAACUUUCAGAACACCCCUUUAUACUGGGGGUGUCCCCUGAUAGCCCUGAUCUGGGUGACCAACAUAUUCGAAUUUCACCCAGAUCAGUUCAGGGGUUCGCAAAUUCUAUGGACGUCUUGUGUGACCGGCCCACCCUGGGCUGCAUGCCCGAAACAGUUCCAUGAAUUUGGUGGGUUUUGCUGGUCACGUUCGAAAAACAUAAAAACGAAGAAAAGUACCGAAUGGAUCCCUCUGGCUCCUAGCAGCGCUCGUGCCCCUCUGUCGAAUGCACCAAAGUACCGAAUAGCGCUCUUCUAGCUAUUCGGUAAGUUCCAGCGUUCGUCUGUUUGGGACCGGUGUACAGGAAGUCGAGUGCCCGCAAAACAGUUCCAUGCACUCGACAACCAGGUCCCGCUACCUUUGUUCGCAUGAACAAAGAUGGCUGCGGUUUUCUCUGCCACGUGGCGUUCGACUAACUAACGCUGGCCGCACAGAGGUAGCAAUUUCACCUAAAUCUUUGAUGUUUAAUGAGCCAGAGGGUGGUCCCGGUUCGGUAGUUUCAUCUACCGAAUGCAAUAGGCAGUACAUUGAAUAAAAAGGAAUGCACACUGUAAAUCACAUAGGAAUAGGGGGGUUUCUUCACAGAGUGUUUUUUUGCCUGGAUGACUUUAUAAUCUGUCCUUAAUGCCACCUAUACUGUGUGCCAUGUGUCUCCCAGUGGGAGGGUCUGUGCCUGGCAUCUAGACUACGUCCUCUCAAUGCCAUAUAGCCCCUGUUUUAACGCCGUAGCUCAGGGGUGCCCAAAAUUGGAUCCCCACAUGUUGUAGAACUAAAACUCCCAUGGUGUUUGCAAUGCUUCAGAAUGAGAAAGCAUCGUGGAAGAUGUUGUUUUAAAACAUCUGGGGAUCUACCUUUUGGCCACCCGUGGUGUGGCUGAAAACAUUGGCAUUUGUUGGGAUCAGCUAUGUUUUCUUUGCAGUGCUAACAUGCUAUUAGUGGCUGAGGCCCAGUCACCUAACUGGCAACUAAGCUCACGGGCAGGGUCCUCUACCUGUUGUAUAGGUCUGUUCUUAUUGUGUUUGUCUUUUUCCCAAUUGUACAGCGCUGCGGAAUUUGUUGGCGCUUUAUAAAUGCAGUAAUAAUAAUAGGACACUAUAGCGUUUGGAAUAUAUAUUUUUAUUCCUUUUAAAUUGUGUAUUUGUUCGGCAUGUCUUUAAUGUGUACCAUGCCAUCCUACGUAUAUCCUGCUGCUGGGCAGAGGAGUAAUGUGAGCGUCAUGUGUACUAGCACUGUUUUCUACUCAUUCUGUGUAUCGUUUUGACCAUUGGUGUCAAGCAGUUUCACCCUUUGCCACUUCACAUGCUGUCCCAUCUAAGGUGCCAUUCCUUUAUUUGGGCAUUUCCAUACCUCCUAUAAUGCUUCUGAUAUAACUAUACGCCAUCGGGAACUCUUCGUUUGCUGUCCUGUUUUAUGUGAAUAGUUUCUUACUUUGAUGCCUGAAUUGCAAUAUAUCAACCUGCUGAGCACAGUGAGACGAGUAAUGAACACUAUAGCGAUAGGAGUACAAAUGUAUAUUCCAAAUGCUAAAGCGUCCUGUACAAUGUUUAGGUCCUCAUCGCCCCUUUGUAAGGAACUAAAAUGAAAGUCCCUUACCAUGUCUCCCUCAUCACACUGCUUUGCCAGCGGCUGGCACCACCUCCUUGGGUGGAUUCCUCGACAUCAGUGAUCUCAGCCAAUCCAGUGCUUUCAGGCUAGAGUGCAUGGGUGACAAAACGCAGCGCUGUGCCAAUCAGAGGGUCUGUGUGAGACCCUCUGAUUGCAAUAAGUUUUACUUCGCUAUUUCAUAGGAAGCUCCUCUAGUGUCUAAGUGACAGACAAGAUGCAUUUAAACCCGGUAAUGAAAACUUUGCCAAUCCUGCAAAUGAUGUUUUACACUGCUGGGCACCCAGAACACUUCAUUUAAAUAGUCAGGGGCGUGUAACAAGGUUAAUUUAUAAAAGUGCCAGUUACUAAUGCAAGGCUUAAAAUUGGUAGUGCUAUGCCACUAGCCAGGCCCUAAAAGUAAAUUACCACUGCUGGCUAUAAUAUAAUCUCCAAGAAUUAAUCUCUAUUUACCUAAAUUUUCACUUGGUAGAGUGAGUGCAAAUUUUGAGCCCUGUUCUACUGAUACCUGUAUUGUUUUGUAAAAUGAAAGCACACUUUUCACACACAAAGCAAUUCAGCAAGCUAAAGUGCUUAAGGGGGUCUCCAGUGUUCUUCUAGACAAUCUGCUCUGUAAAGGAUUUUUUUAUUUUUAUUUACAAUGUUGUUCUCCUGCUGUUCACUCUAUCAUGAACAGCAGGAGAACAACAUUGUAAAUUUUUAGAAUAAACUAGUAAAUAUUCACUUUACAGAACACUUUGAUAAAUAUCCCACCCUGGCAAGCAGAGGUGUAUUAUGUAUUGUCCAAUAACAGCUAAAUAGCGUUAUUUUAACUGCAUUGGGAUGUCCGGUACCAUAACCGGCUGAUGACGUAAAGGGAAAAGAUCACAAAUCCCUGACUUUAAAGGGAUACUAUCAGUGCCAGGAAUACAAAGCAGCAUUCCUGGCACUAUAGCUCCCUCUACAACAUCCCACCGCGAUUUAAUAAAGGUGUAUUUAAAAAAAAAAAAAAAUCUUACCCCAGCGCCGAUGUCUCUUGCUGCUGGACCGCGGCUCCGCCUCCUCCCCCAUCUGAAGUGGUCUGGGUGCCUAUAGUGUCCCUUUAUGAUCUCUGAGAUUAGGAAUGCACAAUGGGGGAGGUAAAUGUAUUUUGAAAAGUGACAGUGAACUUUCAUCAUCAUUGUGAUUGUAUUUAAAUGUUCUUGCCUUUAAUCACUCCCAUAUACACUGAGUACACCAAAUAUCUCACAGAUACAUGGUGUAUUCAAUGUAAAAUAUAGAAUUUGUUCACUUUGCCUCCGUUCCAGCACCGCCAUCUUCAUUCUUUGUGGGUGUAAACCCCAGCUCCACCUGUGCUCCUUCCGCAGUCGUCUUUGAUUUGUUGUGCUUGGGACGUGGUGAAUCUCGUCCGUGACAUACCGGCUUUGUUGCCAGUGUCAGAGCAGAGUGGCAUCACUCAAUUCCUGUACUGUUAUUUAUUACGCUAAUUUCUAAUGCCUUGGGUUACAAGUGUUCUAGCACUGCAUAACUCUAAGAAACCCUUGCUUCCCCUUUGUGCAAAUGUUCCAAGCAAAUAAGGAAGAAAAACCUUCGCUCAUACUUGAAUGCAGAUUCCACUUCAAAUUCACUCCUUUACAAAAGUGAAGGGACAUUAUCUUAACUAAUGCACUUAAAGCAAGUAGAAGUACUCUGUUUGCAGUGUUCCUUUAAAGGGACACUAUAGAAAAACUACAGCUUAUUGAAUUUGUUCUGGUGAGUAGAAUCAUUACCUUCAGGCUUUUUGCUGUAAACAUGGUCUUUAAGCCUAGUGAUAACCUCACUGGCCACUCCUCAGAUGGCUGUUAGAGAUCCUUCCUGGGUCAUGGCUGCCUAAAAUGCAUCCAAACAUUCAGUGUCUCCUCCCUCUGCAUGCAGACACUGAACUUUCCUCACUGAGAUCCAUUGAUUCAGUUAAACUCUGAGGAGAUGCUGAUUGGCCAGGGCUGUGUUUGAUUCAUGCUGGCUCUGCUCCUGAUCUGCCUCCUUGUCAGUCUCAGCCAGUCCUAUGGAGAAGCACUGUGAUUGGAUCAGGCCACCCCUUCUAAUGGUGUCAGCAGACUGCUUGUUUUUAUGAGUCUAACAGCAUGCAGAGUUACAGCUUCAGACUUGAAUACAGUAAGAUUUUGCUAUAUUUAUAAAGGCAUGAGGGGCCGAAGGGGGCCAGAUGGUGGUGUUAACACUAUAUAGGGUCAGGAAUACAUGUUUGUUCAUGACCCUAUAGUGAUCCUUUUAACAUUUGUAAAACAUCUGCAGUUGAACUUUUAAGGGAACCCUAUCGUCACCUAAACGACUUUGACUUAAUGAAGCAGUUUUAGUGUAUAGAUUUUACUGCUCAAACAGUGAUUUUAACUCCUAAAUGGCAAUUAAUUGAGCAGUGAGGCUGCUUCAUUAAGCUAACGUUUUGGUGACUAUAGUGUUCCUUUAAGUGAACCUGAUUGCAUCGCAACAUUAGCAUAGAGCAUGCAUUAUGCUUACUGUAGUGCUUAUGGUGCCAAGAAUGCAGUGGCGCCUCCCUCCAUUUUGAAAGUAGCCAAACCAUUUUAGAAUGGUUUAGCAGAGGAGAGCGAACGGAAGUUCCUGUUUGGGAGCUCUGGCUCUCCAUGGGGAGUAGUGUAGGCAGGGUAUAAUGCCAACUAAACCCCUGGUACGAAGUCAAAAUGUUCUAAGCCUGUUUGCUUUCAGUGGGCUGGCACCACGGCACUCUUAAAAAUGUAGUGAUUGUUUCUUGAAGUGUUCCUUUACAUUUAUAUUACUUUUUUUUUUUUUUCUUUUUUUUUUUAUUAACUAGUUGCUUCCGGUCUCAUAAUACAAGAAAUGUUGGGGAAAUAAAGGCACUACUUUGUGUUAGUUGAUAUGAUGACUCAAAGUCCUACAAAUAAAGCAGGAAGAUUGUGUCUGUCACUGUGCUUUUAUGUACAGUUAAAGGAACACUAUAGGGUCAGGUACACAAACAUGUAUUUCUGACCCUAUAGUGUUAAAACACCAUCUAGUCCCUCUAAAUAUAGUAACAUCUUACAUUUUAUUCCACUCUGCUGCUGCUGGCUCUGCCCCUGAUCUGUCUGCUUGGCUGACAUAAUCAGAAGUGGUUAUCUGAGCCAAUCACAAUGCUUGAAAGCAUUGGAUUUGGUGAGAUUGUCAAGGAGGCAGAUCAGGAACUAUAGUGUGCCUUUAACUCUUCUUAAAUAUGUCUUGUAUGAGACGGAGCACAAUUCUUAUGUUUUAAGGUGUGCCCAGUUUUGUAAAAACAAUGACUUAUGGAUUCCAUCCACACCUUUCCUCUUUGCUUUUUAAUUUCCGUUUAAACUAGACCCCUUCAAUGGUCAUGGUAUCUGUAAUAGGUUGAGAUAAUUGAAGGUACAAGCAUGGUUUAGCUUUGUCCCAUAAUCUGGAUGUGUUUGGUUACUGUGUAGGGUGUGCUGUUGGAACAGCGUCCGCCUGCCCAUUCUCUCGAUGGAAGGAGUAUUCAGCUUGUGCCGCAGAACCUCUUAUCGCCUACCUGGUAUCCUGCUAUGCCCACUAGUGGGUGGUAGGGACCAGGUUGACCCCACCCCCCAAAUUCUUAUAUUGCCCCCCCCCCUAUUGUUUUUAGGUCCCCCACCUGCCGUGCAUAUUAACCCCCAUAGAGUAAGGGAGGACAUGGGGGGGUUUAGGAAGUGGUGAGCACUGCUCCCUGCCACUUCUAUCUUUACAUAUUACAAGGAGGAAGCUGCGCGCCGGUAGCUCUAUCCUUGUAAUAAACUGCACGAACACUGAUACUCGGUGUUAGUUUGUUCGUCUGAAAUUUCUAUUCAUUCUUUGACAAAUGAAUGGAUGAAAUUCCCGUUCGCAUGUCCAAGUGUUUAACUGGGCAUGUGCAGGAAUCUGUCUAGUGUGGGCAGAUGAUGUGUCCCACAGGGACUUCAUCUACCCACACAAAGAUGGCAGCGCCCUAAAUAUAGGUUAAGGCUGAAAAUAAAGAAUAAAAAAUAGGUAAUAUGGGGGGUUUAGGGGCAUUGGGGGGUGUCUAGGGGGUCAAUUAGAUGUUAGAGGGGGGUUUAAAAAAAACAACAAAAAAAACGGGAUUCGGCCAUGACCGUGCCGCUUUAACUAUGCAAGUGAAAACAUUGCAGUUUUAGAGAAAUCAUAAUGUUUAUAUUGCAGUGUUGAGACUUCCACUAGUGGCACUUCCCGCAGUUCAGAGUUUAACCCCUUAAGGACCGGACUGUUUUUACGAUGUUGUACAUUUGCGACCAGGCAUCUUUUUACACUUUUGUGGUGUUUGUGUUUAGCUGUAAUUUUCCGCUCUCUCAUUUACUGUUCCCAUACAAAUUAUAUAUUGUUUUUUUCAAGACAAAAGGGGCUUUCUUUACAUACCAUUAUUUAUAUAAUCUUAUGUAAUUUAAUUUUAACAAAAUGGAAAAAAUAUGAUGAACAAUUGAAAAAAAUACAUGUUUUUUUUUACUUUUACGUGAAAAAUCUUUUACUCAUCUACAAAAGCGAAUGAAAAAAAACUGCUAAAUAGAUUCAAAAUUUUGUCCUGAGUUUAAAAAUACCCAGUGUUUACAUGCUUUUUUGCAUGUUAUAGGGCUAUAAGUACAAGUAGGAUAUUGCAGUUUCAAAACAUACAUUUUUAAAAUUUAUCAAUAGUGACAUUGUAACACUAUUAUCUGUCAUAAAUCCCUGAAUAACACCCCACAUGUACAUAUUUUUUUUUAAAGUAGACAACCCAGGGUAUUCAAUAUGGGGUAUGUCCAGUCUUUUUUAGUAGCCAUUUAGUCGCCAACACUGGCCAGAGUUAGCAUUCAUCUUUGUUUGUGUGUGAAAAAAGUAAAUUGAAUGCUAAUUUUGGCCAGUGUUUGUGACUAAAUGGUUACUAAAAAAAGACUGGACAUACCCUAUCUGCAAUACCUUGGGUUGUCUUCUUUUGCAAAUGGUAUGCCAUCAUGGGGGUAAUUCUCAUUCCUGGGCUACCAUAUGCUCUCAAAGGCAACGUAACCAACCUGGCCUUUUUCAAUGUAAAAAUAUUUGACCCUGUAACUUUCAAAAACGCUAUAAAACCUGUACAUGGGGGUUACUGUUAUACUCAGGAGACUUUGCUGAACACAAAUACUAGUGUUUCAAAACAGGAAAACGUAUCACAACAAUUAUAUCAGUAAAAAUGCUGUUUGUGUGUAAAACAAAAAUGAAAAAAAAGUCACUUUCACUGACAAUAUCAUCGCUGUGAUAUGUUUUACUGUUUUGAAUCACUAAUAUUUGUGUUCAACGAAGUCUCCCGAGCAAACAGUACCCCCAUGUACAGGUUUUAGGGUGUCAUAAAUGGUUACAGCGUAAAAUACAGUGCUAGCAAAUUAAAUUCUCUGGACUUUUGGCCUGGGUUGGCAGGCAGGGCCCUCAAAUUGCCAUCAAUAAAAUUACUUAUGUAAAAAUAUUACAUAAAUACACACGUAGAAUUUAAAUAUAUAUGCAUAUUUAUGUAUUUGAAUACAUAUAUUGAUAUCAAAAUACAGUUUGAAAAAAUUAUAUCUAUAUGAAAUUUUUAUACAAUUUUUUUAUUUUUACAUUUUUUAAUUGAAAUUAAUUUGUAUUUUAUUAUAUAUACAAUACAUAGUUAUUAGAUAUACGUGUGUAAUUUAAUUAUAAGUUUAUUAAUCUAGGUACAUAUUAAUAUACACUUAGUAUGACAUUAUAUAUGAUAUAUAGACAUAUAAUUUUUUUUAUUUACAUUAACAUUUAAUUUUUUUUUUAAAUGAUUUUACAAUAGCAGGGAGACUGCAUGUCAGCACAGGCAGUCCCCCUGCAGGCAGACACAUGGACACCUAUUGUGACCGCUUUGUUGAGCGAUCACAUGGCCACAGGGGUCCUAAUCCGCCAUGGGGAGACUGUCUGCCUGGGCUGCAGGCAGUCUCCCCACACCGGGAGCAUCGCCGCCGGGGGAACGACAGCGAUCGGGUAAGUACAUCUUACCGCUAGGACGGUUCAGGACCGUCACCGGUCGGCAAUGCAAAAAUGCCGAUGACGGUCCUGAACCGUCCUUGGUCCUUAAGGGGUUAAAGGAUCACUAUAGGGUCAGGAACACAAACUUGUAUUCCUGACCCUAUCGUGUUUAAACCCACCAUAUAGGUGGCUUGCCCCCCUAUAAAAGUUCAAAACUCCCCUUAUUUUGCUCCGCCCAAUUUGUGACAUAAUUUUCCUAGUCAAAAUGGCUGACUAGGAAAGUAUUGCUUAUAUUCAGUUUCGGGGUUGGGGGCAGGCUAGGACAGUAUUGCUUGUGUUCAGUCUUGCUGGGUGGGGGGUCUGACUUGGACCGUAUUGCUUGUUUUCAGUCUGGGGGGGGGUGCAAACUAGGGCAGUAUUGCUUGUGUUCAGCAGCUUGAUGGAUCUGACACUAUUAAUCUUACAUUUCAUGUUAAUGCAAAUAAUCCCACAGCUGCAUGUUGACACAAUACCUGCUAUUAAAUAUCAAGUUAUACUGGGCUUCCAGUUGACAAAGGCCUUGUGUUAUACCGAAAUGUUGUCUCUGUGCUUUAAUAAAUGGAGUUUGCUUCAUGAGUGCUUUUCACUAGUGGCAUCCUAGUAUGAUAUGUGCUGGGCUUUAACUAAGCACCUUGAAUGUAGGUUAUAGCUACAGUGCACAGUGUCUCCUGUGACUCCUCCUUCAUUGGUGUUAAUGAAAGUAUGAGAGGAAUGUGGGUAAAAUACAGUGUAACUGUUUCUAUGUAAAAUGACACGUUCUGCCAUUUAAUGAGGACUUUGUGUGGUAUUGUGGAUUGGUGCUGUAAAAUGCUUAUCUUCCCGUAAGACUGAUAUUUCUCCACAAAUGUCCUGAUGCCAGAGAAUGAGUAGAAAAUAAAUCUCAUAGGAGAUAUCCCUGGUAACACAAUCUAACCAGCAGUUGCUGGAAGGAAUGUGAAAAGCCUGGUGACAUCUUGCAGCCCGUUAUAAAGGCUGUGGCGCAGUAUAAUAAUCCCCAUCUGGGCCAAAGUUGUACAGGCUGUGGCGGUAGUAUAAUAAUCCCCAUCCGACCUACGUCGUACAGGCUGCGGCGGCAGUAUAAUAAUCCCUAUCGGCCUACGUUGUACAGGCUGUGGUGGCAGUAUAAUAAUCCCCAUCCGGCCUACGUUGUACAGGCUGUGGCGGCAGUAUAAUAAUCCCUAUCGGCCUACGUUGUACAGGCUGUGGUGGCAGUAUAAUAAUCCCCAUCCGGCCUACGUUGUACAGGCUGUGGCGGCAGUAUAAUAAUCCCUAUCGGCCUACGUUGUACAGGCUGUGGUGGCAGUAUAAUAAUCCCCAUCCGGCCUACGUUGUACAGGCUGUGGCGGCAGUAUAAUAAUCAUCGGCCUUGUAAAUCCAGCCCCUUUCUAUGGUCUGGCCAGUUGUGCAUUUUAUUAAUAGUGCUGAUGGUAUGCUAAUAAACAUGGAACCAUGUAAAUGCAGCAAAAUUCUGCUGAUCCCAUGCUGUUCAUUAUUAAGCAAUAUCUGGUCAAUGUAAGUAGUUUCAACAUAUAUUAUGCGUCCCUCAUAUUCUUAAUGCCAUUAGACCUCUAAAAAUAUUUUUGCUUAUUAAAGGACACUGUUGUCACUAUAACCAUUUCAUCCCUUUGAUUCUAGUUCCCCAGGCACUGUCCCUCCAUUCAGAGUUAAACAAAUUUAGAGUAGUUUUAAAGCAGUUUAACACUAAAGGGUCCCUAGCCUUGUAGAGGUGUGGCUAAGGCAGAGAUUACACACUUCCUUGUAGUCAUACCAGUUCAUACCAUUAGUUGGUGCUCUGAUAGGCUACAAGCAGUCAGCUGACUCGACCAAUCAGCUGCUCAUUGCUCUUCAGGCCAAUACUUCCUUUUUAGUCAAAGCAGCACAGAGAGGAUGGACUGUUGGGUACUCUCAUUUAGAAUUAAAACAAACAUUAAAAACUGCCUAAUGCUGAAUGAAAUGAUGGCACCAGGGGAUUUCAGACACUAUGAGCAGUUAAAUGAACUGGAACAGCUACAGUGUCCUAUUGAGUCACUUGUGCAUUUGUGACAGUUGUAUUGUUCUUUAAUUUGUGACUGUUAUAUGCAAAAUUGGUGGAUAAUUACACUGCAAAUGUGAGAUUAUCAGAGACAGAAUUUACUCCUAGUGACUUUUGCCAGGCAGUGGAUAUCUGAAGCUUUGAUUUUUAUUUCAGAUUUUUUCAGCAUGCACUUCUUUGGUUUACAGAAAUCCCAUCUAGCUAUACUGACCGUUCCUUCCUCCUAUGUGUUAUCUGUACCUUCACUGUUUUGUUUCCUGCAUGGCAGCCGAUUAUUUGCAGGAGCUGGCUUACUGUGGCACCAGCAUUCUGGUUACCCUGUGUUUUUAAGACCUGGAAAGGUCAUUCACUGGAAAAUGCUCCAUAACCGUAGGGAAACAUCUGAUAUGAAGAGAUUAUGUGCACAAUGAGUACAGAGAGCUGUGUGACUGCAGGUGUUUAAUCCGGACAGCUUCACAAUGGGUAUCGACAGCUGCAACCCCUUCAUUCGUUAAUUACUUUACCCACCUAUCGGAGAGUGCAGUCAGGGCGACUGACAUUUUAUAAUCCCCUCUGACUGGUUCUCUGCUAUAUCCCUGCACUGGAGCCUAGCGAGGCUACCUCUUUCCGAACGGAGUAAUGGUGAUAUUUAAAGGUUUGUUUUUUUUUUUGUUUUUUUAAAUGUAAAGGCUCAUUCUUGCUGGUUGUUCUAAUUUCAAAUUUUUUUUUUAAACUGGGUGAAGAUUUCAUAUUUAGAAUAAUUUUUCACAUUCGUUUAACAGUCGUAUCAGAACGGAUUGUUUUAUGCCAUUAGGAAUGCAUAGUUCAUGAUAAACUAUCUCUGGUUAAUAGAAUGGUCACUCAUAUGUGGAGAACAACCUAAACUGCUUUAUUUAACCAAAAUAUUAUAUAGCAUACAUAUUCUUAUUUGCUUUAAUAUCAUUGUUUGAAGUGAAUCUGUCACCGUCUAGGGUCUUUGCAUAGUUUGAAAAAAAAAAAAAACCCCAGUCGGUGACAUCGCCACUGGAGGGGCAAGGCAAAAGUGAGACUUGCUUACAUGAACCUGUCCCUCACGGUCGCCGCCAUCCUCUUCGUUAUUCUCUAUUCUAGGUCUUGGCGCUAUGUGUCCGCUUUAUAUUCUCACACAGUAGCAUUGAAGUCUAUGGAGGAUCGUGAGAGACCACACCAUCCUCCAUAGAAAGGACUGAAUUUCUCCAUCGCUAGUGAUUGUUGUGGAAAUGAUCAGGCCUGACACCCGUCAAGUAGUAGUCCAUAUUUUGUCUCCGUAUAUCUUUUGAUUGGGUUUGAAUUUCAGUGAGUUUUUCUUAAAGAUUUUAGUUGGUGAGAGCGCUGCUUGAACUGAAGUGGUUUAGCAAUAUACGCAUGUAAAAAUGUAUGUGUGAGGUUAUAUUUAUGUAUGCAUGUAUACACACACAAUAUUAAACCUGAGGGGCUAAAGCCAACACCAGUGAAUACAGUGGAGCGCCACAAAAGACACUUGCCGUUAUUCAAUAAUGGGUAUAACUAUAGAGAAGAGAAUUCAAUAUAGUGUAAUAUGGGAAUUAGUGUAUUUAAGAUGUUAGACACACUUACAUAGAGAGCCAAUUAAGGACAGGCUCAUAUUUCAUAGCCGGUUGUGUACUUUGACACGGGCCGCCUUCAAUCCUUUACUCAAGGUAGACCUGAAAACAGAAGUAAAUUCAAACUGGACAAAUAUAGCGUGAAACCUCAUUCCACAAACAUACUGCUCACCUUCUGAAAAGCCUGUAAUACCUGGCUAAUGUGCCAAUAGAGGGGGACAUAACCCUUCUUUGAUGUGGAGGCAGAUAGUAGUUUAGAAGCCACAGGAUGAUUUGUAGGUUGGCAAAGGCAAAUUUUUUUUUAAAAAUAUUAAAAUUAAAAACUGUAUAAUGAAGUAAAUCAAUGUGAAAUGGUCCUCGGGCACUCCUGACUCCUGAGAGGCAUUUAGCAGACUAGCAGUUUAAUCAAUUGAUACGUGUAUAAAGUUAAGCCUGGAAAUAUUUGGACACUGACACAGUUUUUAUCAUGUUGGCUCUGUACGCCACCACAAUGAAUUUGAAAUGGAACCUUUGAAGUGCAGACUUUCAGCUUCAAUUCAAGGGGUUGAACAAAAUUAUUGUAUGAAACUUUUUUUUUAGGAAUUGCUACAGUUUUCUUAUAGCCAUUAUUUCAGGGGCUUAAAUGUAAUUGGACAAACAUGCCUUUACUGCAGCUUUUAGUUGAUUAGCUCGAUCGGGUUGAGAUCAUUGCCAUUGCAGAAUAUUCCACUUCUUUGCCUUAAAAAGAACUCUUGGGUUGCUUUUGCAGUAUGUUUUGGGGCAUUGUCCAUCUGUAAAGUGAAGCAUUGUUCAAUCAACUUUGCUGAAUUUGGCUGUCACGAACGCACCUUACUUCAAGAGUGUGCGUGAUGUAGUUGCGCUGGUGAAAGGGUUAAAGUUGACUAUUUGUCUGCACUAGACCGGAAAUAAUGAUAAAAUCCCCCUUAACACCACCCACACUAAACCAUAAUAUAACUAUUACUAUUUUAACGCUGCCACCACCAAGACAAUUUAUAAAUGGGGUGCCUUGGUCCCCCCAGGUAACUUAAUAAUAAAAACCCACUAAAUACAAUUUUAGCACAAUAUUUAAACAAUUGCAAAACACUAAUUAGUCUCUUCAGGUAAGAUUAUUUACCAGACAAAGGCAGAACUUAAUAAAGGAAUAUUUAUUAUGAGCAAAAAAUAGAUGAUAAAUUUACACCAACAGAUAAAAACAAAAUGGAUUUACUCAAUACAAAAAACUAUUUAUUUUCCAACUUGAAAUGGAAAGGGGAGUUUCCUAUGCAAACAACUCCUACCAUAUUUACAAUUAUGAUGCAUGGAUCAAUAAAAUAAGGGAAACUUUAAUUAUAAUCCAAUAACAGUCUAAAUCCAUUAACCUUGAUUUGACUUUACUUGAACCCUUGAAAUUACUUUACCCACCUAUCAGAGUGCGGUCAGGGCGACUGACAUUUUAUAUCCCACCUAACUGGUUCUCUGCUACUUCCCUGCACUAAAGUCUAGUGAGGCUACCGCUUUCCGAACGGAGUAAUGGUAAUGUUUAAAGGUGCACCGUAAACAGGGUGGAUUGGAUACUAUGUCUUGAUAUAACUGUCGACUUGAGAUUCACACUAAAAUAUAACACAUUUAUUUAAUCAUUGUAUUAUGUCCAUUUGUAUUUGUAGUUUUUUGUUGUUUGUGUAAUACAAAAUAUAAUAAAAAGAUUAAACAUCAAAACAAGAGAUACAAGAACACUAAUCACUUAGGUUUUCAAAGGAAGAUAGCGACUCAGUCAGAAUAAGAUUCUGACCCCCCAAGCAAGUACAAUAAACACUUCAGUAUCAUUAGAUAUAUACCCUGUGGAUUACCAAGCCUUGCCCACAUGUAGAGAUAAGGUGUUCCUAUAGUAACUAUAAGUGACCAUCCCCCUGUGUUCCAGACCCAUAUCAAUCGAAAUAGUAUAUUUUCCUUCUAUCUCAUCUUAUGUACUAGCCGCAGAAUUGCAUCUAUAAAUCUGUUACCAUUUUUCUAUUCCAUAGAUAUGUUACACUCCUUACUUAUGACCCAAUAUAGCGGACAUCACAUCCCUUCCCAUAUUCCAAGUUACGCUUAUCAUGUUUGGGCAUGAUUGUCCCAUUCUAAAUAUAAUAAAAAUGAGGCUUAAUUCUUAAUCUGUGGGUAAGUAUUAAUGUGUCGUUUGGAUAUGAUACUGGAACGUGCCUCUCUCGAGUAUAGGUGUUGAAUGUGUGUGCAGCCUCCUCUUCCACAUACGGUGAUCGAAUGUCGGGUAUGCUAAGUGCACACUCCGGAUAGGCGUAGCGGGCGACCAGCGUUCUCCAGAGUACAGCUUCUGGCGAACCAGGUCCCAUGUUUUAAACAGCACCGCUGUGGUUGGCAGAAUCUAUUCCAAUCGAGGCUUAUGGUGGCUUGGUAUCCAGAACCAAUAUUUCAGUUCAGUUUGUCAAUUCUAAUGUCACUCAUUGUGAUAGACAAGACUAUGGCUGCUCUGUAGUAUAAUCUGAUGUUGGGUAAACCUAGGCCUCCCACAUCCUCCCACAUCCACUGGGCAAUCUAGGAUUUUGGUCGCCACUCCUAACUCUUUUUGGCCCGUACGAAUUGCACAAUCAGUCUCUGGAUGGCAUCUAGGUCUGACAUGGGCAGCUUAAUUUGUAGGGUUCGGAAAAGGUAUUGAAGUUUUGACAGCAGUGACAUUUUUACCGCUGCAAUUCUGCCACUCUGUCAAAUAUUUACUGUCCCAUGCCCCCAGUGUGUUUAUGAACGCUGUCCUCAAAGGUUCGUAGUUGGAGUGGUAUAGGUUGGCUAUAUGUUUGGUUAGUUUUAAGCCCUCACAUCAUCGUUCGACACCCACUCCCCCAUGGCCUGCGUUUUAAGUACAUUCAAUUUGAGUUAUCCCCAUAUGUGUUUAUUUCUUUCAUCAGGUUAGGUAGGGAUGCACAUGUAUAUAUUAAAGACAACCUAAGGUAUUAAACUUGGGGUAUUUUGACUCUUUUCAUGCAACCAUUUUACCACCAAUCUAUGCUAAAUUUAAAAAGAAAAAAUGUAAUAAUUGGUGAUUUAUUUAUUUUUUGACACAUAAAGCAAUUUAAAAUACAUUUACUGAGAGCUUUAAGGAUUACUGCCAAAGAACACUCCAUUAUGUGUUCAGCAACUUCUCCUGAGUACAGUGAUACCCCCCAUGUAUAGGUGUGUCGGGUUCUCUGGGGGCUAAAAGACCCAAGGCAUUCAAUAUUGGGUAUGUCCAGUCUUUUUAAGUAGCCACUUAGUCACAAACACUGGCCAAAAUUAGCGCAUUUUGUCACAAUUAUGUGACUCAACACGCAAAAAACUAUAUCAACACAAGCAACAUAUGCCGGAACUUAGAAUGGCCAGACUUCAUGUAAUAGAGUGGUCAAAAUAACAAGCCAGGGUCAGGGAUACAGAAUGAGACAAUACGAAUAAACUAGCCAAGGGUCAGGACACCAGAAGUAGGCAAAGUCAAAAACCUAAAACAAAACAAAACAAAAAACUGAAAUAUAUAGAAUACAAAGAACAUUCUCUAUGACCACCAACAAUUGGAAACCACGACAGGGCACUGAGAAAAGGCACUAAAAAGGUUUAAUUAUGUCUCUCAGUGCUGUGAUUGGUUAUUACUUGGCCCUUGACCGCAAAACGGGCAUGUGCGCUGAUAUUGUGACUUCACACGCACACCGGCGCUCCUUUUAACAUUGAGAACGAGACCACAGCGGCCCUUUGAACGCCACACCAGCUGGGACACGUCUUCAUUGAGGAUCGGGCGGCACUCCGCCGCAAUCCAGGUAAGUUAGCCUUUUUCGGCGUGACCAGGGCGCCCUGCUCGUGUGCAGCCGUACCAAUCAUUGACUGACUUUUAUUAAAAGUAUCGGUGCGGUUGCGUCGAUCAUAGCCCCUUGUGGCGUGACACUUUUGGCCUGGGUUGUCAGGCAGGUCACCCAAAUUGCAAUCAAUAAAAUUACUUAAUUAUGUAAAAAUGACAUAAAUAUGCACAUAGAAUUUAAAUAUUUAUAUAUUUGAAGUCACAUGUAUAUUUAUGGAAUUAUGUAUAUGGACAUAUGUAUAUUUCGUAUCUUUGUAUAUUCAUAGAGAUAUAUAUUUUCAUUCUAAGUGUAUUUUGAGAUAUAUAAUCAAAAUACAGUUAGAAUAAAAUUACAUAUAUAAUUUUUAUUUUUUUAAUGUAACUUUUUAUUUUUAAACUUUUUUCACCAUCAGGGGGACUGCCUGUCAGUUCAGGCGGGGUCCCCCUGCUGGCAGCAGUAUAGACUCCUAUUGCGGCCAUGUGACCGCUCUCUCAGUUAUACAUAGUUAUAAAAUAUUUUAAUUAAUUAAAUAAAUUGAACCCCUGAGGGUUAAAAAAUAAAUAAAAAAUUAAUCCUCAGGGGUUAAAAAAAAUUAGAUCACAGUAUAAUACUGUGAUCUCUAUUUGAUCGCUGUAGGCAGUGAUCGACUGGCAGGGAAGGGGUUAAUUUUUAUUUGGACUAGGUAAAGGUUUUUUUUUUUUUUUUUACUUAAACGUUAUUAAAACAUUUUUUAAGCUUAAUUUUUUACUUUUUAAAGGUUAUUUUAAAACUUUUUUUAACGUUAACCCCUAGUUAGCCUAACGCCAAAUCCCCCAAUUCCCCACUAACUUCCACCCACCCCAGCUAUCUAAAUAUAUAAUUUUAAAAUAUUUUAAUUAAUUAAUUAAAUAAAUUUAACCCCUGAGGGUUAAAAAAAAAUGAAUUAACCCUCAGGGGUUAAAAAAAAAAAAUCAGAUCAUAGUAAAAUGUAAUCCCUGCCAAUUGAUCACUGUAGUCAGUGAUCAAUUGGCAGGGAAGGGGUUAAUUUUUUAUUAAAAUGGGUAAGGGGGACUUUAAAUAAACUUUAUUUUUUUUUCCAGCAGGGGGCAGGAUCAGCACUGAUCCGGCUCCCUGCACUUCACACAGAACCCGGAAGUGCAGGGAGCCGGUAGGUGAGUAUACAGAGCACAUGUGCUCGCUCAGACUUGCGGUCAGAGCGAGCACAUGUGCUGGGCAGCCUGACCGGGUGCUCCCGGUAUGCCUCUAAUGCAGAGGCAUACCGGAGCACCAUUAACCCCGCAAUAGCGGCGAUCCAGGGUUAAUUUUACCGCGUGACGGACGAGGUCCGUCACUCGUCGUUAAGGGUUUCCCCUGAGUGGCGGACCUCGUCCGUCACUCGUCCUUAAGCGGUUAAUAUACAAAUAUAUGAUGUGACAUAAAAGCCCUAUUUCUCCUGAACAAAAUUAUAUAUGUGUGCGUGCACUUAAUAUGAAAGAUGUGAAUUACGCAUGAACAGACGCAAAUUCAAGGUUUUGUUUACGUUUUGUUUUGAUCACAACGUGUACAACCGCUUUAGUCCUUAUGGGGGUUAAAGUGCAUUAUGUGUAAGUCAAAUAAAAACAGCCAGGAAGGAUGUUUCACUUGGCUCCACUGAUAUUCUGGACGCAGCCCCUUUAACGAGCUAUAGUAUUACAUCACGCCUCUGGUCUAUUGGCCAACAGACUGAAACGAAAGCGGAGAGUGCUUGCAGCAGAUAACAUCUGCAAGUUCACUUUUAACAUACCUCAAAGAAAACAUGAAGUUCAUGUUUUAUUUGGGAGUUUAUACUAAAUUAUAAAAGAGUGGAACCAGUAUUCCUUUAAAUGCCUGCACAGUUGCUGAUUGGAUUGGACAAAUUUACGGAUUUCUUGAUGUAGUCUGUUGAAAAUGUAAUCCAGUACAUCAAGUUCAGAUCUGCUGCUACUGUUGAGAUUUUUCCUAAAAUACGUUAUCAGUGUGAUUUCACCAUCAAUCAACAAAUUUAUGCAUAUUUGUAAUGUUCUUUUAAUAAUAUGAUUUCUCUCCCAGUGUUUCCCAAGACGUCAGUGUAAUUUAAAAACAAAUGGACAAAGGAAACCACUUCAUUUCUUUUCCUGUGUUGGAAAUAGUUUAUUUAUGUAGCGCCUACAAAUUCUGGAGCGCUUUACAGUGGGUGGACGAACAAAUAUCCAUGCAAUCCAUUACCCCCUAAUAGGAGCCAAAUUCUGCUCUCAGAUGUUUUAUUUUCUAUGUUUAAUUUAGCACCAGAGCACUGAUAGCAGAAUCCCAUGUGGCUGUCACAUAAGGUGGCAAUUUCCUUUUGUCAAUACAGGACAGUAUUCCAUACAUUAGUUUCUGGGGCCAAACCAACCCACCUGUCAUCAAUCAGUUUUCCUGGCACUGCAGGUCCCCUCUCCCUCCCACCACCCAUCCCCUGGUAGCUGAAGGGGUGAAAACCCCUUCAGGUCACUUACCUGAGACCCCGCCGAUGUCCCUCGGCGGUGGUUUCUGCUCGCCGCUGCUCCUCCCAGUGAUUGUCAGCCGGUGGGCGAGACAAGCGCAUUAGAGGUCUCCAUAGGAAAGCAUUGAAAAUGCUUCCCUAUGGGGAAUUGAGCGACACUGGAGGUCCUCACACUGCGUGAGGAUGUCCAGCGACGCUCUAGCACAGGUUUCCUGUGCUAUGGACACGGAAGUGUCCUCUAGUGGCUGUCUAGUAGAAACCCUGCAUGGUAAUUAUUGCAGUUUAUUAAAAAAAUUGCGUGGGAGUAGUGGGAGUUGGAACCCAGACCACUCCAAUGUCCCUUUAAUACAGAGACUCUACCUUUACUCCUGCCCUGUAUACUAUUUCUUAACAAAGGAUUUUCCAUAAUCCUAUUACGGCAUGUUUCCCCUUUAUAUAUCUACACUGUAUCCCUUGCUUGAGUCAUGUCGGUAUAUUUGGCUCUUCUCUCGGAGUCUAACGAGGGGUUCACCGGGAGGUGGGCGGACAUUGCUGUAUUCCAGUGAUGCAAAUUCUGUGAGUUUUCCUACAGCCUCACUAUUUUAAAGUAAUUUGCGCAAAUGGCAAAUUGGUUUUUUGUUUUUUUCUUGUUCUAGUUUUAUAUUUAUAAAUCUAGUAUUGAGCAAAAAUGUUGUGCUUUACAAAAUGCAUUUAAAGUGUUUGAAGAAAUUCCGGAAAUUAAGGCUGUGUAAGAGGUAUAAAAGCUGCAGUUUCAGCAGUGGAUAAUGCUGCUAUGGCAGUUCUAGUUAAUACUAUGAAUGUAUGCAUUUUGAUUUUAUCCUUGUGGACUUUAUGCUCAUUUGUAGAUGUUUUGCAUGAUUUGAGAACAGAUAUGUGAUGUGCAGUAAUGUAAGGCCCUGCUCUCUGCUGUCUCUUACUGCGUGAAUUGUCACUUUCACACACAAACUGAUUGGUAUUAUGUGCGGAUCCUGGAUUGCUGCAACAAUAGGCAGCGCACAGUCUACAGUAUUUACUAAACUUUCUGUGUUUAUACUGAAACACAUGCACUGCAGGGCUUGGCAAAUCUGUCUAUAAAUAUUGUAUCACAGAAUGACCCAGGACACGCACUUUGUGUAAAUAGAACAAACACACAGACUGAUGGUCAGAAGUGACAUUACCAGACAGUCUGCAACUUACACCCAGUAUAUAACAGAAUGCGUAAUGGUACAUAGCCAUAGAGGUCACGGCACACUAGUCAAUCUGUAAUAAAUGAAAAUGUCAAUCAUUUGUGUGUGUGAUAAGAAGACAGAUGGCUAAAUGUCCCUGCUACAGAUAAUUUAGGAAUAUGAGCUAGAAACACUCUGUGCUAACACACUGAUGCAGUACGUGAUGGGGAGAACUCCACUGAACACACUGACACAGUACGAGUUGCGGAGACCGCCACUGACCAACAUUCUGAUGCAGUACAAGAUGAGUAGACCGCCACUGACCAACAUUCUGAUGCAGUACAAGUUGCGGAGACCGCCACUGCCCAACACUUUGCUGCAGUACGAGGUGGGGAGACCCCCCUGCAGCCGAUCUUCUUCUGUUCCUGUCACUUCAGCUCCAGGAGCAGACAUCGCUGCUGUACUCUUGUGCAUUGAGGUCAAUGGAAUGCCCAGCUGUGGUAUCCUCCAUAGACGUGGCUAAUCUCUGGUAAGCGUUGGGCGAUUGACCCUUGUAGAUGGCAGUAGCUCUGUUCAGUGUCUAGAAGGGGCAGUCCUGCUUUGUCUCAGUAAGUCUCUAGACUGUUUUGGACUUUAGUGAAAUUUCAAAGCAGUCUGUAGGAGUAUUUCAUAAAGAUUUCGUUUUUGUGAAAUACUAACUUUGCAGGGAGGUGCAGGUGCCGCUUUAAGGAGCAGUAAUAAAGUAGAUUGGGCUACCGCUUUAGUCCCUUGGAUUUGUGAUCCACUACCAUGAGUGCUUCUCCUGCUCCCUAACAUUGUCUUUACAGGAAAUGAACAUGGCUCUAGUGAUUCCCCUGCGGCUUCUUUGAUAGCUGUUGUCCAUCUCUAAUCUUCAGGAAUUUUUCCUGUUUCCUGCUGAGUGUUCAGUUUCCCUGAUUUCUUGUGUAUUUAGUUUUUGGUAGGAAUAUGUAGUGUGGCUAAAAUCAAAGCUAUCCAGAUAUGUCCUGGACUGCUUGUACCUUUUUAACUGCUCGUCCUACAUUAUUGUUCUAUGCUUUCCUUUCUACCUCACAGGCUAAAAUGCCAUCUGACUCAUUUACCAUUAAAUGACCACUAUAGGCACCCAGACUACUUCAGCUUAAUGGGUGCCAGGUCCAGCUAGGGUUAACCCUUUCAUCUAUAAACAUAGCAGUUUCAGAGAAACUGCUAUGUUUACAUAUGGGUUAAUCAAGCCUCCAGUGGCUGUCUCAUUGACAGCCGCUAGAGGGCUUCCGCGCUUCUCACGGUGAUUUUCACAGUGAGAAGACGCCAGCAUCCAUAGGAAAGCAUUGAGAAUGCCGCGCAUUCAGCCGAAGAGGCAGAGAGGAGGAGGAGGAGAGCUCCCUGCCCGGCGCUGGAGAAAGAGGUAAGUUUAACCCCUUCCUCUCCAUCCAGCCCGGCGGGAGGGGGAACCUGAGGGUGAGUGCACCCUCAGGGCACUAUAGUGCCAGGAAAACGAGUGUUUUCCUGGCACUACAGUGGUCCUUUAAUAGAUUUUUGUGACCAGCCAGCUCCCAUCUUUACAGAUUUUAUGAAAUAAAACUAACAAAAGUCAGAGUAGAAUCACAUUCGCAUAAUACAGGAUGAUCAAGAAGACAAGCAUAUCAAAAUGUCAGUGUUGAAGCACAAGACUGUGUGGGACACGAGCUAUGUGUUUGUUGUUCCCCUCAUUCUUGCAUAGCAGUACAUCUGUUACUCUCCCAGGGCAAGGGGAUUUUUUAUUGGGGGGGUUAUUUUGGCUGAUUUGUCACUCCCAAUGGGGCACAAAGAAACCACAUGGAACACGUGGUGCUGUAGAGCAAUUUGAGGAAGUAUACCUGUUUGUGAGUGUACAUGAGCACAUACUCCAUGUAUUUAUACUGCAAAUCUAACUUAUAAUUAAAUUAUAUUGUGUCUAGCCAUACCCUGCUCAUUAAGCCGGUCUAACGGCUCUCAGAAUAUGACAGUCACUGAUAUAUCCCAUUGUACAGCACUGCACAGUUUGUAUCAAACCCCUCGUAUAUUGAUUGGUGCUUUCUAACACUCACCCAUGUUGACCAGUUUCAUAUGUUUCCUAAUUGGAUUGAUGCAGGAUAUAAAAUAUUAUUGUAACAUAGUGCUUUCUGUUGGAAUGACUUGCUAUUAAAUGAGGGGGGAAUUAGUGGCAUUCCGCAGGUCACUGUUUGUGUAUGGGGGGGAUCUCUUGUUGCACACACUGCUUCUUGCAUCCAUUUUUGUGACUUGUUUGGACCUUUUUCCCGUUUGUCAAGCUGCAUGUUACGAAAACUUUACGGUAGUUUUAAAAACAAAUUAUCGGUGGGAAUGCAGACUGCCACAGUGUGUGCUCCAGAAAUGCUACCAUUAUUAUUCUCUAAACCAAAAGGAAACCACUUUCCCUCACACUAGGGCAGUGUAUGAAAGAUCAAGAUAAACUGUUUUAUUCUUCAUUAAAUAGAGCAAAAUGAACACUGUGAAGUGUUAAACAGUGCCCGUGCUGUAUCUAUUGCCCUACUUUAUAAUCUAUCAAUAAAGGGGGUUAAUUAUAACUGCUAUCACAUAGCAUUGCUUGGUAUUAAUCCCUUUCUAUAGCCAUCCAUGGCUCCUUCAAAAUAACUGGAGCUGAAACCGCGGCCAUGUAGGUCUAGACCUGGAGCCGCCGGAUCCUUAAUGUACUCACAAUAAUGGCGACUGCUCUCUUAAAGACAGCCGUUAUUGGGGAUUUUGUUUUCAUUCAUUUACAUAAUCCUGUAAUGCUGUCAGAGGGAAGUAUGAACCCUUGUGGGUGUGUAUAUGGCUGAAUACUCAAUUAUACUAAGCGCUAGCUGUAUAGUUGGGUUGGAAUUAACCCUUGUCAUAGAUGGGAUUCUGCAGUAGGUUGUUGGAUACACAGCAGAUGCAGUACUACUAGUCAUGUUUGUCAACACUGGAUGAUGUAGCACACCAAAAAUAAAAAUUUCACUAUUGCAUGCUUCUUUUUGUAUAUGGGAACACAGUUUUUGUGGAUUAUCACUUUCUGGAUAUUUCCAGCCUUGCCGUUCAUAAAGGCACUGUAGAUUCCUAUUUGGGACUUCCUUGGUUUUAAAUUGUAGGUUUCUCUCUGCUUUGAUAAACAUUGUGUAAUGCAAGUCUUUGUGAUUUCAGGUGUAAUCGACGUGCAGAGUGGAGGUGGGCUGUAGAAAGGGCAGCUAUUAUUUGUCGCUGGACUUGGUUACAAGCUCAGGUAUCUGACCUGGAGUUCCGGAUAAGGCAGCAGACAGAGAUCUACAAGCAAAUCCGUUGUACCAAGGUAAUGGGAGGUUACAAUACCUAGCUUCCCUGGCUAUAAAAGAACACCUAUUAUAAUGGUCCGAUGGGAAUAUGCAUAGUCUGACCAAUAGGAUUCUCUAACUUGCAUCUCAUUCCUCUACUCCCAUUGAUUUUGCCAUCUUUGUGCUUACACCAGCUAUAGAAGUUCACUCUAUAUGGCGGUCAUUGGGGUUAUACCGGCUAUAUACUUUGAUUAGCAAUUAUCAGGGUCACACUGCCUAUAACCGUUCUGUUUUCAUAGCAGUCAUCGCAGUUACAUUGGCAAUAACCAUUCCUUUUUGAUGUCCAGACUUGCAUAGCAUGUCUAUUUGCAGUGCAUGUAAAGUCAGCCAUUUUAUGUGGUAAUCUGAAAAGGGAAUAUUCUGUUAUAAUACACAUUCUUUUGUAGAGAUUCUGAAAGCUCAUAUUUGCUGUAGUGAUCGGUAAAGGGUUUUGUCAUUCAAGAUGGUAUUUGUAUUGAGGGUAUAGAUUGUAAUACUCUUACAGGCACACUCCAAGGACAGCUGGGCAGUGCCAUCUGUUACCCCUCCCCAGAGUUUGAGCAUUGCAUCUUCAAGCAACAUCUUAGUAGGAAAUGUGACAGUCACUUCCUGGUUUGCAAAAACCUACUGAAAAAAACUGCAUAAUGAGAGGUUUUGCAGAAAAUUUCUAUCUACCUGUAGUUUAAAGUAGUGUUGUGCGUUGUUGGAUUAAACAUUCUGUAGUACUUCCAUGUUGUGGAAUAUAGUUUUCUACAUUUCUUUUGUUGGUUUCCAAAGACCUAAUUCCGUUUCAUUUUCUUUCAGGGUAGUGUUGUUCUUGGAGACUCGUCACAAUCUGAGGACAUGCCAGCUAGACAGAUAGUUGGAAAUGCUAAAGGCUGCAGUCGUGUGCCACUCUCUUCAAUUGAAAGGCCGUGCGAUUCAUCAUCCCCUAGCCCUGUGCUGCACUACACAGACAAACAGGUCUGUGACUGACUGGGACAGCGCCUGCUCUGGGCUGCUUUAUUUUCACAACUUCUGUUGAUGGCUGAACCUGGCACGUUGUCUUUGGUGAAAUAUCGUUGAGAGGAGGAUAUUGUAAAGUAAUCUGAAGUGUUGACCAGCCCAUCCGUAUUUUGUAAUGGAGUAUCAUUUACAGUGUUUUAGACUUGAUUUUUUAUUUUAUUUUUUUAAACAGCAGUUUAAUUUGCUUUUAGCAUACAGUACUUCCACCAUUAACCAUUGUGCCCAGAUAGUGAGUUUUCUUUUGGAAGGAGAUAUUGAAACUGAGAGGUCUGUGCUUGGCUAGGCCAUUGAGCCAUGUAACUAUGCUACUAAUGCUGGCUACCAGAGUGGCGAUUUUCAUUUUAAUCUCUAAUCAUUUCACUUCCGAUCUACUUCAAGGACCACUCUAGGCACCCAGACCACUUCAGCUUAAUGAAGUGGUCUGGGUGCCAGGUCCUUCUAGGGUUAACCCAUUUUUUUUAUAUAAACAUAGCAGUUUCAGAGAAACUGCUAUGUUUAUUAAUGGGUUAAGCCUUCCCCCUAAUCCUCUAGUGGCUGUCUCAUUGACAGCCACUAGAGGCGCUUGCGUGCUUCUCACUGUGAUUUUUACAGUGAGAGCACGCAAGCGUCCAUAGGAAAGCAUUGUAAAUGCUUUCCUAUGCGACGGGCUGAAUGCGCGCGUAGCUCUUGCCGCGCGUGCGCAUUCAGCCCAGGAGGAGGAACGGAGGAGGAGAGAAGGAGAGCUCUCCGCCCAGCGCUGGAAAAAGGUAAGUUUUUACCCCUUUCCCCUUUCCAGAGCCGGAUGGGAGGGGGUCCCUGAGGGUGGGGGCACCCUCAGGGCACUAUAGUGCCAGGAAAACGAGUGUUUUCCUGGCACUAUAGUGGUCCUUUCAGUGACUUUUGUUAAUGUGGAAGUGUCCCAAGUGAAAGAUACAAAUAGAAUUAAACAGUGGAUGUUUUAUGCAGUUACCUAUCUAGAAGCAUAAUUUUACUUCUAUUUAAUCAAUUUCAUUGUAUUAUAGUAGAAAGGGGGUUUUGCCCUUAAAAUGCUAGGAUGGUGAAAGUGUUUCAACAUGCACUACUGCUCUGCUCUAGGCAUCUAGAACCUUUCCCAUUAAAAUCACUUGUCAUCUUCCUGACAUGGCAAAGGCUUUAGAAAACAGUGUGUAUUGCAUGGGAAAAGAGUGAAAGCUGCACUUUGUAGGCUGAUUUAAAGCAGCCUUGUCAGUUUAAUUUUCUUUACAUUAUACCCCUAUUGUUGGUUAAUAUACUCUUCCCGUUUCCUUUAGUUAUGUUUAACUCCUUGAGGACAGAUGACUGUUCAGAACUGUCAUCAGAAACAUCCCCUUGAGGACUGAUGAUGGUCCUGAACCGUCCUAAUUACUUAGCUGAUUGUCGCCAUUGCUCCUGGUCUGGGGGGGACUGCCUGACCGCCCAGACAGUCCCCCCCCUCUGCAAAUUAGGUCCCUGCGUGCCAUUUGACAAUUGGUGUCCAUGUAUCUGCCUGUGUUGUCAGGCAGUCUCCCUGCUGUUGGAAAAUAAAAAUGUUUGUAUAUAAAAAAUAUGUAUUUUUAAUAUACAAAAAUUAAUAUAAAAAUACACUUAAAAAAAAAUAACGUCUUUAACCAGGAAAGGUACAUUCAGAUUACUCCGGUUUUAAAGUACGUCCUGGGGAUGUUACCGUAGCCCAACAUGCAGGGCUUGUUUACUAUUACCCAAUUUAAUGGUGCUCAUUUUAUCUACCUUGGAAGGAUGAAGGGCUGAGUCAAACCUGCAACCCAAGGGUUGAACAGAUUCCACUGAUAAUGCAUUAGCCCACUGUGCUAUCUCGUGUGUGUGUAUGUAUGUAUGUAUGUAUGUGCAAUUUUUUUUACCCUUUAUAAUAAACAUACACACAAUAUACAUACAUAUAUAUAUAUAUACAUAUAUAUAUAUCUCUAGAUACAUAUAUAUAUAUAUAUAUAUAUAUAUAUAUAUAUAUAUAUAUAUAUAUAUAUAUAUAUAUAUAUAUAUAUAUAUAUAUAUAUAUAUUGUGUGUGUAUAUUAUAAAGGGUAAAAAAAAUUGCUAGCACUAUAUUUAACCCUGUAGCUUUCCAUGACACCCUAAAACAUGUGCAUGUGGGGUACUGUUUUACUCGUUAGACUUUGCAGAACACAAAUAUUAGUGUUUCAGAACAGUAAAACGUAUUACAACAAUAUCAGUGAAAGUGCUGUGUGUGUGUGUGUGUGUAAAAAAACAAACAAAAAAAAAAAAAACUCCACUUUCACUGACCAUAUCAUCGCUGUGAUAUGUUUUAUUGUUUUGAAACACUAAUAUUUGUGUUCUGCAAAGUCUAACGAGUAAAACAGUACCCCACAUGCACAUGUUUUAGGGUGUCAUGGAAAGCUACAGGGUUAAAUAUAGUGCUAGCAAUUUUUUUUACCCUUUAUAAUAUACACACACAAUAUAUAUAUAUAUAUAUAUAUAUAUAUAUAUAUAUAUAUAUAUAUAUAUAUAUAUAUAUAUAUAUAUAUAUAUAUAUAUAUAUAUAUUCUAGAUACACACACGUGUAAUUUAAUAAGAAUAUAUAUAUUUGUGUUCAGCGAAGUCUCCAGAGUAUAACAGUACCCCCCAUGUACAGGUUUUAUAGUGUUUUUGAAAGUUACAGGGUAAAAUAUAAGGCCAUUUUUUUCACAUUGAAAUUUGUCAGAUUGGUUAUGUUGCCUUUGAGAGCGUAUGGUAGCCCAGGAAUGAGUAUUACCACCAUGAUGGCAUACCAUUUGCAACAGUAGGCAAACCAAAUUUACAUGAGGUGUGAUUCAGAGAUUUAUGACAGAUAAGUGUUACAAUGUCACUAUUGAUAAAUGUUUAAAAAUGUGUAUUUUGAAACGGCAAUGUCCUACUUGUACUAUAACUUGCAAAAAAAAAAGCAUGUAAACAGUGGGUGUUUUUAAACGCAGGACAUUUUUAAAUCCGUUUUAUCAGUUUUGUCAUUCGCUUUUGUAGAUGAGUAAAAGAUUUUUCAAGCAAAAGUCCCAAAACCUUUUUUUUUUUUUUGUUUCUCCAAUUUUUCACCAUAUUUUAUUAAAUUAUGACAUCAAAUAAUGGUAUGUAAAGAAAGCCCUUGUCCUGAAAAAAAAAUCUAUAAUUUGUAUGGGAACAGUAAAUGAGAGAGAAGAAAAUUACAGCUAAACACAAACACCAUUAAAGUGUUAAAACAGCCCUGAUCCCUAACGUACAACAUGGCCAAAACAGCCCUGCUCCCUAACGUACAACAUGGCCAAAACAGCCCUGCUCCCUAACGUACAACAUGGCCAAAACAGCCCUGCUCCCUAACGUACAACAUGGCCAAAACAGCCCUGCUCCCUAACGUACAACAUGGCCAAAACAGCCCUGCUCCUGAAGGUGCUAAAGGGAGAACUGUUUUCCUGCACUAUAGGUUAAUACCCCUCCUCCCCUCCCUUGGUGCUGAAGGGGUUAAAACACAGAGCUUUACACAAACUCAUUAAUUGUGCUGUCUAUAUACCGGUAGUGUACACAGAGCUGUACAUGAACUCACUCCUUCUGUGUUCUAUGUGAACUAGGGUCACUGUCAUUGUGUCUAGCCGAGCCAAGGGGCGUGUGUACAUCGUUUUGUUCUUUUCAUAAUGGUGAAGAAAUCUGAAACUUUUUCUUGUUAAUUUUGUACCUUUGAAUUCCAUGUGGACUAGACUGGUCUAACCAUGUAUUUUAAUUCAUUGGGCUGGGUCAUGUAUAAGUAAAGCUAUAUUAUCUUAUUUCCUGACUGUCAAGUGUCCUGUCCUAUACUAAAUAACAUUUGGUUUAUGGCACUUGGUCUGUAGCCUCUGGAUUACACAUAGUGCCCUGUUUUAAUGCAUUGCAUUUUCUUCAUGCUUUCUUACAGUGUUCCCGCCUUACACACUCUGUUGAAAAUGUUUUGUGUCAAAAUCCAUCCACCACAACUGUGUCUGAAUCCCAAGGAUCCCAAAAACCAUCUCGUCAGGUCAAUGGACUCGUAAAUUGGUUAGUAACUGGUUCAUUCCUACCUGUUAGAUAUUUAUAGGCCGGUCUAACUUUCCUACUGUAUCGGGCUAUGCGCGGCCUGCUGCGCCAGUCUUCUAGAGAAGAGUGUGCUUGUUGUAUUUCAAUGUGAUACAAGUACGGUGUUUACAUGGCAGAUAUUUAGUUGUUAUAUCAUUGCAGUGUGCGUUCUAAUGUGUCAUGUAACGGCUCUGUGGAAGAUUUUGACUUGGAGUUGUCAUCGGGUAAGAAGCGACGUCCAGAUGUCAUUUCUCAAUCAGUGCUUAUAGAAUCCACCUGUGUGGCAGCAAGAACACGACCCCUUCGUGGACACAAAAAGCGUAGGCUGGUCAGGACGAGCUCUGUAUCUUCCCUUAGUAGAAAGGUAAGUUCUCUGUGCCUACAUAAACUGUCAUAAAGAGCAGCUGUCACGGUUCCCUGUUCUUUCACCUCAAUAUACACUUUUGUUUUAUUUACUGGGGUGAAUAAAAAAGCAAAGAGCAAGUAUAAAAUGUACGUCUGCUGCCCUUCCAUGUUGGGACCACUUUGUCUCCCCAUGAUGUAUUUGGCAUUUUCAUGCAUAUGCAAUGCAAGGUUAGCUAAAUUACCUGGUUUGCCUGCCAUAGUUUAUAAAUUCAAAACCUAAAUAACAGCUAACUUUUAGUCCUCUUGCAAUCUUUGCAAUUUGUUUUUCACUUCACUACAAUUCGGUGUUCCACCACCUCAAUCAGCAGAGUUUCACUUUCCUUUAAUUUUUCUUUACAUAAUGGUGAAUCCCGCUUACCCAGUAAAAUAUAAUUUGUCGUGCUAUCCCACACAGAGGUUGGGCUUUGGAUGUCCGGAAUACCUCGGUAUCUUGGGAGAUGUCUUUUAUUUCCCAGUAUUCUCAGAUACAACACAAGUGUUUCAAUAUAUAGAUCUAUAUUUAUAGAGAUUUUUUCCCCCCAUAUUAUUUUAACUUUUUAUACUUUACUUAGCCUCCGAAGCCUUUGUCGAUGAAGUGUAGCUGUGAACUUCCUGUUACAUGUAUCCUGUGUGGCCGCAAGACAUGCGCAUGGAGCACGCCCAUCCCCACCGUGACUGUAAACGAGCGGAUAGCACUAAUGGACCCGGGCUAUCACUCUAUCCUUUCCUUCCCCUACGGUAAUUAGUUUUUUCUUCCCUGCUAGAAUGGCUGUUGGUGCAGAGAUUGGCACUGUGUGUUGGGCGCUACCUGGCAGCAUACAUGUUUUUGUGACUUUUCAUAUAUAGAAUGUAAAGUUUGUGUGUUGUGUAUGUCAUUUCAUCUUCCUAUACUGAAAGACAGUGAGACUCUGUAAUUUCCUGGGUGUAAUGAGUGACUUUUACCUUUUUAGUAUGGUUUGCAUUGUCUGUAUAUUUAUGCUUGCAACAUGUUUACUGUGAUUGUGUUGUGAAUUUUAGUUCUCGUUGCUAAUUGGCUGCUAUUGUAAGGAGUGGAAGUCUAUACAUUCUGUAGCAGUGAUUUACUUGAGUCUCACCUUGUUUUAUAGAAUUUGUCUCCCUUUAUGUUUGGUUUUGCAGACACCUCCCUUAACUUGCACUUUGAAGCAUUACUGAAAGAGGACAGACUGUUCCGGCUCAGUAACAAGCUCAAGGCUUUAAAGCUUUCUCAGCUCAGCAAGAAGCCCCUGGACAGACUGAGAAAAGGCUACCAGAGCCCCGCGUCAGACUUUGCAGGCAGUAAGUGCCGCAGCAUCCUGCGUUAUCUGUCAGACGCCUGGACCUGCACAGUGCAUCUCUACAUGAGCAAGCUGCCCCUUCUGCCUAAAGAACUGACAAAAUAUACAAAUCCUAAAGUUCACUUAUUUUUCUUUUAGAUUUGUUUUUUCUGCUAACUAAACCUUAGCAUCCUUAAGCUUUUUGCUCAGUGCAAAGACUCUGCAUUGAAUGGUGCGUGGCUACUGUUCUCUCCCUAUCUUCUUUCGUGUGAAUUUUUUUGUUUAUUUUUUUGCUUGCCAUUCUCGAUCUCCCUGUGAGAAGGCCUUACCAGGUUCUCUCUAAUCCACCAGGUUAUGCACACGGUAAAAGUGACCAAGAGAAGUUAUGUCAGUAUCGUUUGGAGAGCUGGCAGCGAAACGCCCGAUUAGUAUCGGACCUGGUGACAGAUCGAGUCAGGUCCCAGCUGCGGAAAACGCCUCAGUCAGCAACACACCCAGGUAAACCUCUAUAAAUAAAAUGGGAGUCCUGAAUCCCAUCCCAUUGGCAUUCCAUGCUGACUAUCGCUGGUCACAUUCAGCACGUACAAAGGAGCUUCUAUUUAAACAAAACAAUGUCUGGCCUUGGCUGGCUAUUCAUUCUUAGAAAUAAAAUACAACUGGAGUGUUAUAAAACCCAAUCCACAUAGUGCCCACAAUUAUUCUGUCAGAGGCGCACAGACUGUGUUGGCAAUUCUUUUCAGAGUAUCUUUAUGUAAAAUAUUCAAAAUGCUUCAGUAACCUUUCAUCUGAAACUGGAUUGAACUGGAGUGAACAGUUUGUCCCCUAAACUAUGAGAAUUCUGUACAUUGACCCCUUAAGGACACGUGACGUCUUUCACCAUCAUCACUAUCUAACUUACAAAGAUCCCUAACCCGUAUGAUGCAACGUGGAGAAUUGCUGUCAUGUUAACUCUCUUCCAGUGGAGCUUAUAUGGCAUUUUUAUAAACAUUUUACUCAUUUCAUACAUUUCACAAAUGGUCUAUCCUACAAUAUGCUUUUCUACAUUUUAUCUUGUAUCCCUGUCAGUUAUUGUUCGACACUGUUGUUUUUCCUUGCGCUUAAUAAGUGGAGAAGAGGAAGCCCAAACCAUAUCACUUGCUAAAUCUUUAACUUCCAUUUAAGAUUAAAAUGAAAUCAUGCAAGUUACUGGUGAUUUUCAAUGUUUUAUGGAAUGGUGACAUUUACAGAAAAGUAACUGUUCCCCUGUAGCAUUGUAAGCAGUCGUCUGAAGAUAUUGGGGUGUGUAGUCUGCCUCGGUGGAUCUACCACAUGUUGGCCAUCGCUGUGUGUUCUGCUAAAUUAAAUGUGGUGAUUUCCCUUCCUCUGUAGUUUAAGACAGUUUAAUUUUCUUGCACAGGAUCUCUGUUCAGAGAUGACAGACAAUAUAAAGACAUCUCGAGUCCCAGCCUACAUGUGUCCUCCCCCAUUACUUCAAGACCAAGCUAUGUGUCCCACCAGCUUUCAUCUCUCACCGAAACCCCCACAGCCUCAUCUGGCUGCCAGCAAACCAGCAACACUGCGGUAAGGUUUAACUUCAAUACAUGACCUUCAGCGAGCCUGACGGCAAGUGCGAUUACAUUUUGUUACAGUUCAGUAAGCUGCGUGUCAUGGCAUUGACCAAAAUGUACUGUUUAGAGCAGGAAACACAUAGAAUAAGACAAAUUUCAUUUCUACCAUAUGAACAUUGUAAUAACGGCAAUGCCUUCCUUCCUAUGGACUGUUAUUCAGUUUUACUGGAGAAGUGUGUAGGAAUACACAAAUUCUACUGCAAAUAAUUGGGAGAUUUAGCAGAUAACAUAUGUAUGACCCAUAGAAUUAUGAGGUUAUGUUUAAUUGUAUAUUUGGGGUCUUGCUAGGCCACUUGUAAGCAAACACUACUGGUGGGUAAUCUGCGAGCGUUUAACAUCAUGGCACCUGAGAUGCUACAACCAGUGAAGAUUGGCGCUCCUGUUAAAACCUAUGUAGACUAUAGAUUUUUAAAGAUGUUGCGAAAUAUCAAUUAUUCAUUCUCGGAUUCUAGUCAGAAUGUUUUUUUUUGUUUUUUUUUUAUGCCUGGGUUUGGCAAAUUAACAAUGCUAGUGUCAAGAUCAUGUUUUUGUUUUUCUUUCCAGAACCUCAAGAGAAAAAAAUUAGAGAAUUCAUAUGACAUCAAUAACAUUGUGAUUCCCAUGUCUAUGGCAGCUGCAUCUCGAGUCGAGAAAAUCCAGUAUAAGGAAAUCCUCACUCCCAGGUAGGUGUCACAUGAAUGACGUACAUUAUGUGUAUCUGGUUGGGUCAUAGCUAGCUUUUUAUGGUAACCUAAUGCAGUAUGCACUUUCAAAUAAAAAGUAUAUAUUUUUAGUAUAAAAAUAACUAUUUUAUGAAAGUUCCUUAUUCCCGGAAGUAAAAGAAAUUUGUCCGCAACUGUUUUUGAAUUUUGACUUUCCAUCUCAGGAUAAGAGUCAAAAAUACCUUCUCACACACAUAUUGUUUGCAAUCAAACUCUGUAUAGCAAGAGCUUAGAAAAGCCCAUCGACUGUAUCCAAUCAAAAUCCGUAUAGCAAGAGCUUGGAAAUGUCCAUAUGUUCUUCAAAAUAAAUAUAAAAAAUAUAUAUAUUUUAAACUGCCGGUUGUUUGGGUUUUAGCACCUCCCCACCUAUUUGCUCUGGUAUAUAGUGUGGCUGCUAUUUUCCUCUUUUCUAGUUCCCACUGCAGCUAGCAACACAUUAAACGUAAAACAAUGUGCUUCCAUUAAAGGAGGUUGUAUGCCCACCCUGUAGUGUGUAUAUAGUGCAUUAGAGGCAUUAAUUUGUCCUAACGUGCCAGUAUCCUCCCUCGACUGUCUAAUGAACUCCACUACACUUGCUAUUCAUUGCAUCAUGGUUUCCUAGUUAGUCUGUCACAUGCUUCGGUGCCAUUGUUCUGAAAAGGGAUGGAUCUAGGAGUUCUGAUUCCAAAAGUUGCCUCAGAACUAAUAGAAACAUGAUCAAAAACAUUCAAUACAUAAUUAUUCAUAUUUCAAUGUUAGUGUGCUGCCCAUUUAAACACUUUCCAUCCUGUCUGAGCGUUGUUAACGCAGUCUGAUCAUUCAGUACAUAAUUAUUCAUAUUUCAAUGUUAGUGUGCUGUCCAUCCUGUCCGUGAGGGUUGUUUAGACGCAGUCUGAUCAUUCAGUGCGCCAUUUUAUUUGCUAGGAUAUAGAAGUUGGACAAACAUUCUAAAAGUAGCCUAGAAAAUGUCUGAAGCACUUCAAUAAGCGGUCUCUAGUAAGGCAUGUAAAUAACGGUGACUUGUAUCUCAACAGCUGGCGUGUCCUGGAUUCCAUAGAAAGGGAUACAGUGUUGGGAAUCGAUCCUGAGGUGAGUGGUUUUUCGAAUAUCGUGCCACACACUGACAAUUUUACUUUUUUAAAUUGUAAGAGACUCUUAAAUAUUGUUAUGCUUCUAAAAGCAAAAGUCUGUGUCCUCCACUAUGUUAGUAAUUCGAAGUGUAACACUUUCCUAGUAGGGUGCACCCACCACCUAAAUACUACUUUAUAUCCUUUCUUGAUCAUGAUGGAGACUAGUGAAUGGAUAGUUUGCCCUCAUAAAUGAGAUUUCCUUCGGGUAUUUUAUACGGACUGUAAGCUUUGGCCUCACCUCUAGUGUAACUGGCUGUAGGCUAUAGUGGUUCAGUCUGUUAACUUGCCUAUCUCUGUUCCUGCAGCUGGAAGAUUUGUCAGAUGAGGCCUAUCUAAAUCGUCACAGUGCUAAUGAAGACCUGGAACGGUCACGAUGGGAUUCCUGGGCAUCAGCCACUCCUCAGAGGCGAGGGAGCAGGUAUGGAUAAUAUGGCUGACCACUUUAACGUGUAGUCAGCCUGCUGUUCCCAUGCAUUACUACAUAGUAACACUAUACACAAUGCAGAACUCCUCUUUAUACAAUAACAUGAGUUUAACAGCUGUAUGCGAAGCAUGUUGGAUGAUCGCUAUUCCUGGGAAAGAAACGGUCUGUGCAGACUGUUCAUGAUCAGAUUAGUCAUGCCUUUAUAAGCUAUUUACUUUGCAUGAUGAGCUGUCAUGUACUUUCCUUGGCUAUUUCUUUGUGCAACGUAAGUAACUCUUUUUCUGAUGUGUUUUCAGUGUUAAAGGGAUGCUACGUCACUAAAACAACUUUAGCUUAAUAAAGCCGCUUUUGUGUAUCUAUCAUGCCCUCUCAUUUAACGCCUAAUUGGCAGAGAAUUGAACAGUAAAACAGCAGGGGCAUGAUUUAUACAUCAAAACUGGUGACUAUAGUGUCCCUUUAAAGGGUAACUGUCCCCUUUAAACAUUAGACGUAGCAGUUGGCAUAAUGCUUGCUGUCUCUAUGCUGGCAGUUGUAGAACCCAGGACAGAGCUUUUAACCGUAAUUGUCAGCCAACAUGAAGGCACUCUAGUAUAGAACUACAGUAGUGUCUUUCUACAUAUAACUUUAUUCCAGAUCUUGCGUUAAACAUAGGUAAACCUGAUAAUCCUGGGAAAUGACAAUUCCUCCUUAUAGAUGGUAAAAUAUCAUGGAAGUUACUGGGUGGUGGGGGUCUACGUUUUGACCACCCAUGAGCAAGCAAAUAAUUUUAAGUAAUUCAGAACACCUUUGUUCAACUGGGUUCUAAUUUUGUGGAUAAUUUAAUGUUAUUGGCAUGCAGAAAAAUUUACCUGACACUAGCUUAUGUGGUUUACUGUCACCAUAGGUCCUCCAACAAAUCCGAUGGGCGCUGGACUCCACAACCCCCUUCCAGUGGUCUGGGAUCUCUCCAGCCAGCUUCUCCAGAUGUUGGAUUUCAAUGCCUUAAUGAUGUCCCGCUUACCCUGUCAUCUGCUGCACCUGACAGCCCAGAGCCUUACACCAAUGUCCAAUGCCUCUCUGUUAAGAGCCGGACAAGAGUUCUCUCCUGGAGUGAGGAUACUAGGUCGUCCACCCCAGAAGCUCCAGAUGAGGAGGAGCAGGUUAGUUUCUCUGUGUACCUCCAGGAUUUGAUGGGUUAUGGGCUUGUCUAUGAAGGGUGGAUGACCCUGCCACAGGCUUACUUUAGCAAAAAAUGCUCUAGAUAGUGCUGUUAAUACACAUUAUCAAACGUGUGUAGAUUGUUACAUGAUGGCAAUGUGUCUUACAAUACAACCUGAGAGUCCUAAGCUUCCCUGCUUAAUUUAACACUGUUAAAACUCUUGUAUUUAAACCAGAUUAGUGUUUUAACAGUUUCAUGUGCUAAUGGGAUAUAAUGCCUGCAAUUGCUGACUCUAAUGGGACAGUUGGGUUUUCUUGUAAAUAUCACACAUCCUGGUCUCAGCCCAGCUCUUCUUUAUUUGGCUCUAUAAAGUAGUUUAUAUAUUUAGGACGUCUUUGUAGGUCAUGUGCAGAUGCCAGAAACCAUGUGCAUGACUUGCAUGAUGUUUGCACCCUGUUCUUUUCCUAGAGAUGCCAAACUAGCAGGGUUUUAAUGCAUGUUCACAAUAUAAUUUAAUACAGAGGAUGGCAUGCAGACAAGCAGCAGUUAUUAGUAAUAAAAUAACAAGGAUAAAAUGAGCCGGCACACUGUGCCCAUUACAUUUUACCCAUUCAGCUGUCACUCUGUGGUUUUGGUAUUCUCUAUAUGAUUUGAAUCCCUUGUGGAACAGGCUAGGAAGUUAAGCCACUCUAAGAAAGCUUUAUUGUGUGCAGUAUGAAAUGCCCUAUUACGUGUCAACACCUCCCUUUCAUUGUUAUUUCAGGCUGUCCUGCCAUGGGAGCAUCGAAAUUUUCCCCUCUCGGACAGAGAUCUACGAGCUCUGCAGAACUUGCCUGUAACUCCCAGCAGAAGCAGAAACAAGCAGUCCCACGAGGUCAUGUGGCACCCAACCAGCAAGCCUAGCACACGAACUGAGAGCUUAGACUUUGGCAUGUCAACAGAAAACCUCGCCCCUUCCUCCAAAGAGCCUUCCUUGCCCAAUAGCAUUUCAGUAGUUCGUUUUCAUGCCCAAAGUGGUGAAAAAAUUGCAAGCCUGGAAUACUUUCCAGCCAGGCCAGUAAACAAGAGAUGA